AUGCCGCUCAAGCCUCAGUAUUUCCGCCGAUCGCACCCCCCGUCUUCUCCCCGCGCGGGCUGGCCAGCAGGGGAAAUUUUGCAGCGACGGAGGGUUCGCGGGAGCGAUCCGCAGCUGCAGAGGCUGCGGGGGGAAGGGGAGGCGGCGGAUCAUGGGGAGAGGGGAAUCCAGGCGGGUGGCGGAAAAGGGGGACCGGAAAGGCGGCGGAUCAUGGCCGCGCAGGGGAGAGAAAGGGGCGGAUCUGGCGGAGGGAGGAAUGCGGAAGGCGUGGCGGAAAAGCUUCCCCCUUCCGCGGGGCGGGAGAUGGAGAGGCUGCGCGACAAUCUGGCGCGGAUGCGGCGGGAGGCGCUGGGGAGGGCGCUGGAGCGGGCGGGUCGCGAGGGGCGCGUGGGGUGGGCGGAGGCGCAGUGGCUGGUGGAGGGCAUGAUGGCGCGGGGGGACGGCAUCCGCGCUUACAGGAUCCUCCAAUCCUCCAGUGGGCGCAGCAGCAGCCAUUCUACUCACCCUCUCACAGACAGGACGCAAUCUCAAUGCAUCCCACACCUUCUCUCACAUUUCCUCCUAUCUCUCCCGUUCCCUCCCUUUCUCCCCCUGCAGAUCCUCCACUGGGCGCAGCAGCAGCCAUUCUACUCGCCCUCCCCGCCGCUCCUCUCCUCGCUCCUCCUCCUCCUAGCGCGCACGCACCGCAUCCCACCCAUGCUCGCCCUGCUCGACCACUGCCUCUCCUACCACCCCCACACACCGCCAGACACUCAGGGCACUGGUGGUCCCUUUUCGCAGCCGCUCGUGCCUCCUGUGUCCUCUGAUUCGACUGAAACGGCACCUCACCACCCCACAGCAGUGCCAGUGGGCCCGGUGGGGUCGGUGGUGCCUGUGGGACCAGUGGGGCCGGCUGUGCCGCUACGCGUGGUGCAGGCGUGCAUGGGCGCGCUGUUGAAGUCGGCGCAUGAUGAGAUGGAGCGCGUGUGGGAGCUGCAUGGCAUGGGGGAGCGGGAGGGCGGCAGGGGCAGCACUCCCGACUGGCUUGUGCAGCGGAUGUUCGAGGCGGAGGGGGAGGGGGGGAGGGGCACCCCUCACUCGCUCGUGCAGCACCAGAUAUUCGAGGUCGGUGUGUGGCGAGGCCGCCACAUGCACAAGGCAGAGGCGCUUCUGAGAGAAACGAGGGAGAGGAAUCAGCAGCGAAGCUCGGCCCCUCUGCUCCAAAUGUACGCUUCUCUGGUGCGGCAUCACGCCAGGGAGGGCCACGUCAGCAAGGUGGUAACCCUGUUACAGCAGAUGCGCGACGACCUGGCCGCGUCGGGACGAACGGUGCCGCCCCAGGCGGUCGAAGCGGUGGUGUUUGCAUGCGCCCGGGCGGUGUAUCGGAACAAAAAGAGGAGGGAGAAAGGGGGAGUGGUGGGGUCGCAUAGAGACAUGGGUGGAGGGGGUAGGGGUUACAGCAGAGGAGGUACAGGGGUGGGAGAGGAGGAUGGGGAUUUGCCUGCUGCAGCACUGGCUGAUCAUGCUUGUGCAGCUAUACAGGAACUUCAAGAGGCGAUGAGGGUGCGAGGAGGGGAGGGAGACGGGAAGCGAGGAGGAAAGAGAGAGGCGGAGGAGGCAAGGGAGGAGGGCGGAGAGGGCGGAGAGGGCGGAGGAGGGGGUUAUGAGGUGGGGGAGAGGGUGUGGGCAGCUUAUAUGGAGAGUCUGAACCAUGCAGGCCGGUAUGAGGCGAGCAUUGCCGCAUGGCCGCAUGUCAUGGCGGUGCAGAGAGGGGCGGGAGAGUGGGCGGAGGGCGGGGAGGAGGGCGGGGAGGAGGGCGGAGGGAGGGUGGGCGAGUGGGAGCGUGCAGCGCGGGGCACGCGGAUGGGAAGCAGGGAAGCAGCAGCACCAGUCGGGGAGGCGAAUCUUCCUGGGUUGCGAGCGUGCAACGCGUACCUCACAGCGCUGGCAGGAGCAGCGGUGGCGAGCGGGGCAGGUGGGCGCAGAAGGGAGGCGGAGAGGUGGGGCGAGGAGGCGGAGGGGUUUUUUAGGGUCAUGCUGCGGGCGGAGAGAGGGCCGCUCACUGCUGCUGUGAACGCGCUGCUGCACAUGUACCUCCACCAGUCGCGCCUGAAUGACCUCGAGAGACGCUUCCAAGGCAUGAAAGAGAUAGGGUGCCUCCCCGACCGCACAUCCUACCACCUGCGCCUGGCAGCGCACACCAAGGCCGGCAACGUGGGCAUGGCGAAAAAAAUAUUCCUUGAAAUGAACUCCAACCAGGAGAUAGGCGUUGACGCCCACUCCUAUAACCUCAUCAUAGCUGCAUGCGGCGCAGCAGGGGACACUCGAACGGUACGUUCGCUGUAUCUGGACAUGGUUGGGAACCGGAAGGACCGGGGCCGGAAACCGGGGAUGGUGCUGGAAGGAGCAGCAAGGGAAGCGGCCGAAGCAGUGUUUGGGAAGUUGAGAGUAGAGAGGGACGAGACGCGGAGCAUGAAGCUGAGUAAGGAGCAGCGGCAGGUGUUGGCAGGGGUGCUGCUGGGUGGAGCGCGGAUCGCGGCCCAGGACAACGAACGGACGUACGAGAUUCAUUUCGAGCAGCCGCUGGACAAUCCUGGCCGCGUAGAUCUGCUGGAGGGGUUGUACAGGGCGUUUGGCUCGUGGGCCAGUUCGCCGCCCAGAAACAUGCUGCUGCUCAUGCCGCCCGCCCCGGAUGCUCCCCCCGAUGCUGCUGCAGCCGCCGCCGCCGCCGCUAACGCCGCUGAUGCCUCCUCCUCUUCCUCCGCUGCCCCACCAGCCGACCUCCUAGCAGCGGCGGGGGUGCGUCCCAUCCGUGUGCGUCACUUCGCCACCAUCCCCCACACAGCCCUGCGCUACCACGCGCAGCGCUACCACCCGCAGGGCCCCCGGGUCAUUCCGAAGCUCAUUCAGCGCUGGCUCACCCCUAAGACGCUCGCUCACUGGUACAUGUACAGUGGGCGGCGGUGUGAGGAGACUGGGGGGAUGAUUCUGCAUGCCAAGCAGUACUCGAGCCGGGAUUUGAGGAGAAUUGCGAGGGCGUUAUGCGUGUCGGUGCGGGAUUGUAGCGUGAAGAUGAGGUAUAGACGGCCGGGGCAGCGGGUGUUGGAGAAAGGAGGGAGGAAGGCGGGGAAGAGGACAAGGAAGGCGGUGAGGAGUGUGGAGGGGGAGGAGGAGGAGGGUGGAGGAUUGAUGGAUAGGUUGAGGUGGAAAGCGCAGAUGGGGAGGGUUGCGUUGGAGAGUCCGUGGGAUGCGCCGAACCUGAUUCGGUUCGGCGGAGCCACGGCGACGAGGCUGUGGAAGUUCAUGGAGGCGCAUGUGCUGCCGAGCCUGAGGGACGAGCUUCGGCCGGGCGUGAGGAUGAGGGUCGGGGGAAAUGGUGCGGGCGGUGGUGGUGGUCUGGAUGGGGAUGGUGUGUUGGGAGUGAGUGGUGAGAGGGUGAGGGAUGGUGCGUGGGAGGAGGAUGAGGAAGGGGAAGGGACGGUGGGAGAUGGAGGAAUGGGUAUGGAUCACAAAAAGGGGGGAUUGAGGGAAGUGCAGGGGAAAGAAGGAGGAGAGGUGUGGUCUGAUGAUGCUUGGGGUUCCGAUGGUCAGGAAGAGGGGGAAAGAGAUGAGGAGGAGGAAGAGGAGGACGAGGAUGAGGAGGAUGAAGAGGGGGAGGAGGAGGAAGAGGAAGAGGAGGAGGGUGAAGAGAAUUGGGACGACGGGGAGGAUGAGGAUGAGGAGGGGGAAGAAUGGGAAGAGGCAGAGCAUGAAAGGGAGGGAGGGGAGAGCGUGAGGCGCCGCUUCAGCCCAGGAGAUGAAGCCAUGUUGGACCCGCAAGGGCAGGAAAGGUUCAGAGUGGAGGGUAAUGAUGAACGGCAAGAGGCACAAGAAGGGCAAGAGGGGCAAGAGGGGCACGAGGGGUUUGAGGAAGUGGGCAAGUUUGAGGGGAGGAGAUUCAGUCGGGGCCGGUUUAGGGAGAGGGAGAGGGAGAAGGACACGCGGGAGGAGAUCGGGCUGAACGAGUGGAUGCCGCUGGAGCUGGCGCUGUACAUGGAGAAGGUGCAGACGCCCGUGUUCAAGAAGAAACCCAAGAAGCGAUGA